AUGGAUGCCCUGUGCCGGCAGCCGGCCUUCGACGACAGAUGGCUGCGCGAUCCUCGAGAUUUUGAGGAUGCUCCAAAGCGAAGACGUUUGGAGGCAGUGGGGAGCGUAGGCUGGCACUGGGAAGUGGCCCAGAUGCUUGAGCAGUGGCACAGCACACAAUUUAUGGAAGUGGAGUCCCCUGCGAGCGACGUAGAUCUCCCAGCUGUUCAGAACAGCGCGAGCCUCCAUGUCCAGAUCUUUGUGAGGGACCUGUCCGACACGACGCGUAUCAUCCACAUGGGCCUGGAUUCCCACAUCUCCGACGUGAAGCGCGUGAUUUGUGCGAAAACCCA